AUGUCUAGUUCAAUUUGUUCUGUUGAGUUCUGUUAUCGUUUGUCAUUCUUGCAUGCUCGAUUUAGUUCCUUGAAAGCUUUCUCAGGGUCUGGUAAUGCUUCGAACAAUUCACCUAUUCUUGAGGAGUUUCUAGGCAUACACCUCAUUCUGGUUUCUCGAAUUAUGAAGUCCCUUCCUUCAAAGGCAUUGAUAAUCAAAAUAAACUUAGUUUUCUUGGUUUGCUUCUUAGUUGCUUACGCUGCGCUUCUUCACUGGCAAUUAUCUUCCGUUUAUCACGAAUAUGCAGCAUCUCGUCCUAUUACAGGCUCAACGUGCGAGUGUAAUCAUAGGGUGGAAGCUGGGAUAAAGAUGAAGGAAGCAUUAGAAGAACAAAUGGUGAAUGAGACAAAGGAAAUAUUAAAGAAAAUGGUGAAACACAAAAAGCCAAGUUUUUUGAAGGAAAUGGGGAGAGGAAUGAAGAUAGGAAUGGUGAAUAUGGAAGGGGAAGAUAUUAGCGAAUGGAGAGCCCAUGGGCAGAUAACAACAGUACAAUUCGAGAAGGUUUCGGAGUUGUUGGAAUGGAAUGACUUGUUUCCAGGACAGAUAGAUGAGGAAUUAGAAGAGAUGGAUAAUCGACCAACAUGUCCAGAAAUACCAAUGCCACCUUUCUAUAGCUAUAGUUAUAUGGACAUGAUAGUAGUGAAAUUGCCAUGCAAAUAUCCAGAAGAAGGGUGGAGAAGGGAUGUUUUUAGGCUACAAUUGCAUCUUGUGGUAGCAAAUUUGGCAGUGAAGAGAAAAAGGGGUAAGAAUGGGAAGAUGAAGUUGGUGUUCUUGAGUAAGUGUAGGCCAAUGAUGGAGAUUUUUAGGUGUAAAGAUUUAAAGAGAAGAGAAGGAGAUUGGUGGUAUUAUGAGCCAAAUAUGGCUAAGUUGGAGCAAAAAGUUUCAUUGCCAAUUGGUUCUUGCAAGUUGGCUUUGUCUCUUAGGGAAAAAGAAAUCAACAAGGCCUAUGAUAUCUACAACGUUGAAAGCAGCACAAAGUUAGCAAUUAGAAGAGAAGCUUACGCCACAAUUCUUCAUUCCUCUGCAACAUAUGUUUGUGGUGCAAUAACCCUAGCUCAGAGUCUUCUCCGAACUGGAACCAAACAUGACCUUAUCCUUAUCCUUGACAAAAGCAUCUCCGAGCCCAAACGAGACGCCCUCAUUAAAGCCGGCUGGAAACUCCGGUUCAUAAGGAGAAUUAGAAACCCUAGAGCUGGAAAAGACACCUACAAUGAAUACAAUUACAGCAAGUUCAGGUUAUGGCAACUUACUGACUAUGAAAAGAUCAUCUUCAUUGAUGCUGAUGUCAUCCUUCUUCGUAACAUCGACUUUCUUUUCCAUUUUCCUCAAAUGUCAGCUACAGGUAAUGCAAGAUCAAUCUUCAAUUCAGGAGUAAUGGUGAUCGAGCCAUCAAAUUGUAUGUUCCGCAUGUUCAUGCAACAUCAAAGAGAGAUUAUAUCGUAUAAUGGAGGUGAUCAAGGUUUCCUUAACGAAGUAUUUGUAUGGUGGCAUAGAUUGCCCAGAAGAGUAAACUUCUUCAAAAAUUUUGAAAAUUCGAAUGACGUUAGUGUGAAGAACCAAUUAUUCGAAGCAGAUCCUCCAGAACUGUACGCAAUACAUUAUCUCGGGUUAAAGCCAUGGGUAUGUUAUAGGGACUACGAUUGUAAUUGGGACAUUGGAUUUUUACGUGUUUAUGCUAGUGAUGUCGCACACAGGAUAUGGUGGAAGCUACAUGAUGAAAUGGAUGAGAAGUUACAGAAAUGUUGUGGAUUAACAAGGCAGAGGAAUAUUGAGUUAUUUUGGAGUAGAAAGAAGGCAGAAGAAAUGGGAUUAAUAGAUGAACAUUGGAAGAUUAAUAUUACUGAUCCUAGAAGAUAUACUUCUUGAAUUUGGUUCUUCAAAUUAUUUAUUCCCCUUUUACAUUUGUUUUUUCAAUUGAGAACUAUCACUCAUACUACUAGUAUUUUGCACAGAGCA